UUUGCUCUGAGGACAGUUGGUUUAUUCUCAUGAAGAUGGAGAGCUGCUUGUUCAUUCUCUUAGUCUCAUUUCUGCUCAUGUCCUCCACAGCCAACAGUGAUGUGAGGCUGGUGAAUGGAAACAGUCCUUGUGAGGGAAGAGUGGAGGUUCUUCAUCAAGGACAGUGGGGAACUGUGUGUGGUUUGGGCUGGGAUAUAACUGAUGCCUCAGUGGUGUGUAGACAGAUCAUGUUCUGUGGAGAUGCUGUAGCAGCACCGCAAUACGGUCACUUUGGAGAAGGAACAGGAAAGAUCUGGUUGUCCUACGUGAACUGUGGAGGUUCGGAAUCAACACUGAAUGGUUGUAGACAUGACGGAUGGGGUACUGUUUAUAACUGCGGACAUUCUGAAGACGCUGGAGUCAUCUGCUCAGGUUUAGCUGUACGCCUGGCAGGGGGACCUCGUCCGUGUUCUGGGAGACUAGAAUUCCAUCAUAAAGAAUCAUGGUACACAGUGUGUGACCCCGACUUCGACCUCCAGGACGCAAAGGUUGUGUGUCGACAGCUGGGCUGUGGGACACCUGUACAGGUGCAGCGAGCAGCAGUUUUUGGUAAAGGGGACGAGCAGGUGUGGAAGAACAAGGUUGAGUGCGGAGGUGAUGAACAUAAUUUUGGUCAGUGUGUGAGAUCAUCCACAAAGGACACAAAGUGCACUCAUGACACUGAUGUGGGACUGGAGUGUUUUUGGUACACAAACGGCAGGCUGGUGGACGGUCCAGACUCCUGCUCUGGGAGAGUGGAGUUACAGUACCUCACUGAGUGGGGCACAAUGUGUGAUGCAUCCUGGGAUCUGAGAGCAGCCAAUGUCCUCUGUCAGCAGCUGGGCUGUGGGAGCGCUGUGGCAGUGCCAGGACAGGCCUGGUUUGGAAAGGGCAGUGGCCCCAUCUGGGCUGAUGUGUUUGAAUGCCAGGGGGAGGAGACACACCUGUCCCAGUGUGCCGUUUCUUCAUGGAACCGAGCUCCAUGCUCUCAUGGACAUGAUGCAGGAGUCAUCUGUAAUGGAUCAUCUCUCUCAACCCUCAAUGGGACGGUCCGACUGUCUGGAGAAGGUGGCUGUGGGGGUCAGUUGGAGGUUCACUACCAGCAUACCUGGAGCAGGGUUCUCCUGGACUCCUGGAGCUUCAGGGAGGCUGCUGUGGUCUGCAGACAGCUGGGCUGUGGUUCUGCAGUGAGGAUCUACAGCUCCUCCCUGUCUGGGACAGGGGACACUGAUGUGUGUCUCACAGGGUAUCAGUGCUCUGGGACUGAGUCUCACCUGUUCAACUGCAGUGCUCCAGAUACAGUCAACUGCAGUUCCAGCUCAUAUGUGUCCAUAGUGUGUUCCAAACACAGGUCCCUGAGGCUGGUGGGUGGUGAGGGUCGCUGUGCAGGGAGGCUGGAGGUGUUCCACCAGGACUCCUGGGGGACAGUGUGUGAUGACUCCUGGGACCUGAAUGAUGCUCAGGUGGUGUGCAGGCAGCUCCAGUGUGGGACGGCUCUCCGCUCUACCUCUUUUGGUCCAGGAAAUGGAUCUAUAUGGCUGGAUGAGGUGGGCUGUGUGGGGAACGAAUCAUCUCUGUGGGACUGUCCCUCUUCACAGUGGGGGAACCAUGACUGCGUUCACAAGGAGGAUGUUGGAGUUGAGUGUUCAGAGUACAAAGAUCUGAGACUGGCUGAACGUUGCUCCGGGCAGGUGGAGGUUUACUACAAUGGCACCUGGGGAAACGUGUGUUUCAGUCAAAUGGAGACCAAUACAGCAAGUCUAAUAUGUCAGCAACUCAACUGUGGGAAGAGCGGGACUGUUUCUAAUACAGAAUCUCGACUGAAAGGAGCUCCAAACUGGCUGGAUAUUGUCAAAUGUCGCCCACAUGACUCCACACUGUGGCAGUGUCCAUCCUCUCCCUGGGGACAGAAUAAAUGUGAUGAUGGUGAAGUGGCCCUCAUUACCUGUGAACAAAAAAAUGUGGCUUUGAAGGGAACGGCAACUCAGUCGUCCCAAUAUGACUCUUAUGGUGCUGCUGGCAAUGCUAUUGAUGGAAACAGAAAUACAAAGUAUACAGAUGGGUCCUGCACUCACACCAAGCAGGACUCCAAACCAUGGUGGAGACUGGACCUGCAGGAUGUUUUCACUGUGACCUCAGUGACCAUCACCAACAGAGGGGACUGCUGCUCAGAGAGAAUCGAUGGGGCAGAGAUUCGUGUUGGAAACUCCCUGGAUGACAAUGGCAACCAGAAUCCCCUAUGUGCAGUGGUUCCCUCCAUUGCAGAAGGACAGUCCAGUUCGUUCCAGUGUAAUUGGACAAUGGGACGCUAUGUCAACGUGGUCCUCCCAAAACCCGGCAUCCUGACUCUGUGUGAAGUUGAAGUUAAUGGACACGAUAGCAGUGGCUACCUGCCCCUGAGACUGCAGGGGGGCAACAGGAUGUGCUCAGGGAGGGUGGAGCUGUGGUAUGAGGGCUCCUGGGGGACCAUCUGUGAUGACUUAUGGGACAUAAAUGAUGCCCAGGUGGUCUGCAGACAGCUGGGUUGUGGGACAGCACUGAAGGCUCAUGGGAAUGCUGCGUUUGGGAGAGGAAACGGUCCAAUUUGGCUGAAUGAGGUAAAGUGCUGGGGCAGUGAGCUCCACCUGCGGGACUGUCCUCACUCUCUUCAGGACCACAGGACCUCCUGCUCUCACAAAGAGGAUGCUGGUGUCACCUGUGAAGGCUUAUCUUCUGAAUUUACAUCUACUACAGAAAUUCCAGGAACAUCCACAACUAAAACCUCAGCAAGACCAGAUGUUACCAAAGCACCACGCCAACCACCCUUGUCCAUCCCUCUUGUGGUGUUCCUGGUGCUGGGGGCUCUGCUCUUCCUACUGCUGGUGCUUCUGGCUGGACAGUUGUACCAGAACAGGGUUCUGAAGAGAGCCCUGUACCAGGGGGGUCUCACCCCUCUGCAUGAGGCCAUUUAUGAAGAGAUAGAGUACAACUUGACCAGGGGAGAGACGUACAGAAACCCCAGAAAAGGAAGUGUCCUGUCUGAGGAUGUGCCCUCUGGGUAUGAAGAUGUGGAGGACAGUGAGGGAGACCCCUUCUCAGACAGUGAUGUGAAGCUGGUGGACGGUGACAGUCCCUGUGCUGGGAGAGUGGAGGUUCUUCAUGAAGGACAGUGGGGAACUGUAUGUGGACGUGGCUGGGAUAUAAAUGAUGCGUCAGUGGUGUGUAGACAGGUGUUCUGUGGAGAUGCUGUAGCAGCACCGCAAUACGGACACUUUGGAGCAGGAGAAGGGAAGAUCUGGAUGAAUUAUGUCUCCUGCAAGGGGUCAGAGAAAACAUUGAAGAUCUGUGGACAUAAAGGAUGGGGUAAACAUGACUGUACUCAUUCUGGUGAUGCCUCAGUCAUCUGCUCAGGUCACAGAGACGUGCGACUGGUACAGGGUACACACCUGUGUUCGGGGAGAGUGGAGAUUCAGCAUGGAACUACCUGGGGUUCAGUGUGUGACGCUGACUUUGACCUGCAGGAUGCCGAAGUUGUGUGUCGGCAGCUGGGCUGCGGGAUCCCUGCGAAGGUGCUGGGAGGGUCUGCCUUUGGGAAGGGGGGAUACCAAAUGUGGACAGAGGAGAUUCAGUGUACAGGGAACGAGUCAAACGUUUACUCCUGUCCGAAAUCAUCCACAAAGAAACAGAACUGCUCACAUGAUGACAGCGUGGGACUCGUGUGUUCUGGGUACACAAACUCCAGACUGGUGGACGGCCCAGACUCCUGCUCCGGGAGGGUGGAGUUACAGUACCUCACUGAGUGGGGCACAGUGUGUGAUGCAUCCUGGGAUCUGAGAGCAGCCAAUGUCCUCUGUCAGCAGCUGGGCUGUGGGAGCGCUGUGGCAGUACCAGGACAGGCCUGGUUUGGAGAGGGCAAGGGUUCCGUCUGGGCUGAUGUGUUUGAGUGUCAGGGGAAGGAGAUACACCUGUCCCGGUGUGUCGUUUCUUCAUGGAACCGAGCUCCAUGCUCUCAUGAACACGUUUCAGGAAUCAUCUGUAAUGGAUCAUCUCUCUCCAACCUCGAUGGGAUGGUCCGACUGUCUGGAGAGAGUGGCUGUGAGGGUCAAUUGGAGGUUCACUACCAGCACACAUGGAGCAGAGUUCUCCUGGACUCCUGGAGCUUCAAGGAGGCUGCUGUGGUCUGCAGACAGCUGGGCUGUGGUUCUGCAGUGAGGAUCUACAGCUCCUCCAUGUCUGGGACAGGGGACACUGAUGUGUGUCUCACAGGGUAUCAGUGCUCUGGGACUGAGUCUCACCUGCUCAACUGCAGUGCUCCACACACAUUCAGCUGCAGUUCCAGCCCAUAUGUGUCCAUAGCAUGUUCCAAACACAGGUCCCUGAGGCUGGUGGGUGAUGAGGGCGGCUGUGCAGGGAGGCUGGAGGUGUUCCACCAGGGCUCCUGGGGGACAGUGUGUGAUGACUCCUGGGACCUGAAUGAUGCUCAGGUGGUGUGCAGGCAGCUCCAGUGUGGGACGGCUCUCCGCUCCACCUCUUUUGGUCCAGGAAAUGGAUCUAUAUGGCUGGGUAAAGUGGGCUGUGUGGGAAACGAAUCAUCUCUAUGGGACUGUCCCUCUGCACAGUGGAGACAGCAUGACUGUGGACAUGAGAAAGAUGUAGGAGUUGUGUGUUCAGACCUGAGACUGGCUGAUGGUUGCUCUGGCCAGUUGGAGGUUUACUACAAUGACACCUGGGGAAACGUGUGUUUCAAUGAAAUGGACAAAAACAUAGCAACUCUCAUAUGUCAGCAACUCAACUGCGGAACGAGUGGAACUGUUUCAAGUGCAGGAUCUCGACUGAAAGGCGCUCCAAACUGGCUGGAUUCUGUCAAAUGUCGCCCACAUGACUCCACACUGUGGCAGUGUCCAUCCUCUCCCUGGGGACACAACACAUGUGGCGAUAAUGACGUCGCCAAUAUUACCUGUGAAAGCAGUGACGUGAGGCUGGUGAACGGGAACAGUCGCUGUGCUGGGAGAGUGGAGAUUCUUCAUCAAGGACAGUGGGGAACUGUGUGCAGUGAUGACUGGGAUAUGACUGAUGCUGCAGUGGUGUGUAGACAGCUGGGCUGUGGAGAUGCUGUAGACGCACCUCUCAAUGCUCGCUUUGGUCCAGGAACUGGGAACAUUUGGAAAGACGACACUUUCUGUGGAGGCACCGAACCAACACUGAAGGAGUGUGCGUCACGUAGAUGGGGAGAACAUAACUGUGAUCAUAAUGAGGAUGCUGGGGCCAUCUGCUCAGGUCAUCAAGAUGUGCGACUGGUACAGGGUACACACCUGUGUUCGGGGAGAGUGGAGAUUCAGCAUGGAAUUACCUGGUACACAGUGUGUGAUGCUGACUUUGACCUGCAGGAUGCCGAAGUUGUGUGUCGGCAGCUGGGCUGCGGGAUCCCUACGAAGGUGCUGGGAGGGUCUGCCUUUGGGAAGGGGGGAUACCAAAUGUGGACAGAGGAGAUUCAGUGUACAGGGAACGAGUCAAAUGUUUACUCCUGUCCGAAAUCAUCCACAAAGAAACAGAAUUGCUCACAUGAUGACAGCGUGGGACUUGUGUGUUCUGGGCAUACAAACGACAGACUGGUGGACGGCCCAGACUCCUGCUCCGGGAGGGUGGAGUUACAGUACCUCACUGAGUGGGGCACAGUGUGUGAUGCAUCCUGGGAUCUGAGAGCAGCCAAUGUCCUCUGUCAGCAGCUGGGCUGUGGGAGAGCUGUGGCAGUGCCAGGACAGGCCUGGUUUGGAAAGGGCAAGGGUUCCGUCUGGGCUGAUGUGUUUGAGUGUCAGGGGAAGGAGACACACCUGUCCCAGUGUGUUGUUUCUUCAUGGAACCGAGCUCCAUGCUCUCAUGAACAUGAUUCAGGAGUCAUCUGUACCGGAUCAUCUCUCUCCAACCUCGAUGGGAUGGUCCGACUGUCUGGAGAGAGUGGCUGUGAGGGUCAAUUGGAGGUUCACUACCAGCACACAUGGAGCAGAGUUCUCCUGGACUCCUGGAGCUUCAAGGAGGCUGCUGUGGUCUGCAGACAGCUGGGCUGUGGUUCUGCAGUGAGGAUCUACAGCUCCUCCCUGUCUGGGACAGGGGACACUGAUGUGUGUCUCACAGGGUAUCAGUGCUCUGGGACUGAGUCUCACCUGCUCAACUGCAGUGCUCCACACACAUUCAGCUGCAGUUCCAGCCCAUAUGUGUCCAUAGCAUGUUCUAAACACAGGUCCCUGAGGCUGGUGGGUGAUGAGGGCGGCUGUGCAGGGAGGCUGGAGGUGUUCCACCAGGGCUCCUGGGGGACAGUGUGUGAUGACUCCUGGGACCUGAAUGAUGCUCAGGUGGUGUGCAGGCAGCUCCAGUGUGGGACGGCUCUCCGCUCCACCUCUUUUGGUCCAGGAAAUGGAUCUAUAUGGCUGGGUAAAGUGGGCUGUGUGGGAAACGAAUCAUCUCUAUGGGACUGUCCCUCUGCGCAGUGGAGACAGCAUGACUGUGGACAUGAGAAAGAUGUAGGAGUUGUGUGUUCAGACCUGAGACUGGCUGAUGGUUGCUCUGGCCAGUUGGAGGUUUACUACAAUGACACCUGGGGAAACGUGUGUUUCAAUGAAAUGGACAAAAACAUAGCAACUCUCAUAUGUCAGCAACUCAACUGCGGAACGAGUGGAACUGUUUCAAGUGCAGGAUCUCGACUGAAAGGCGCUCCAAACUGGCUGGAUUCUGUCAAAUGUCGCCCACAUGACUCCACACUGUGGCAGUGUCCAUCCUCUCCCUGGGGACACAACACAUGUGGCGAUAAUGACGUCGCCAAUAUUACCUGUGAAAGCAGUGACGUGAGGCUGGUGAACGGGAACAGUCGCUGUGCUGGGAGAGUGGAGAUUCUUCAUCAAGGACAGUGGGGAACUGUGUGCAGUGAUGACUGGGAUAUGACUGAUGCUGCAGUGGUGUGUAGACAGCUGGGCUGUGGAGAUGCUGUAGACGCACCUCUCAAUGCUCGCUUUGGUCCAGGAACUGGGAACAUUUGGAAAGACGACACUUUCUGUGGAGGCACCGAACCAACACUGAAGGAGUGUGCGUCACGUAGAUGGGGAGAACAUAACUGUGAUCAUAAUGAGGAUGCUGGGGCCAUCUGCUCAGGUCAUCAAGAUGUGCGACUGGUACAGGGUACACACCUGUGUUCGGGGAGAGUGGAGAUCCAGCAUGGAACUACCUGGUACACAGUGUGUGACGCUGACUUUGACCUGCAGGAUGCCGAAGUUGUGUGUCGGCAGCUGGGCUGCGGGAUCCCUGCGAAGGUGCUGGGAGGGUCUGCCUUUGGGAAGGGGGGAUACCAAAUGUGGACAGAGGAGAUUCAGUGUACAGGGAACGAGUCAAAUGUUUACUCCUGUCUGAAAUCAUCCACAAAGAAACAGAAUUGCUCACAUGAUGACAGCGUGGGACUUGUGUGUUCUGGGCAUACAAACGCCAGACUGGUGGACGGCCCAGACUCCUGCUCCGGGAGGGUGGAGUUACAGUACCUCACUGAGUGGGGCACAGUGUGUGAUGCAUCCUGGGAUCUGAGAGCAGCCAAUGUCCUCUGUCAGCAGCUGGGCUGUGGGAGCGCUGUGGCAGUGCCAGGACAGGCCUGGUUUGGAGAGGGCAAGGGUUCCGUCUGGGCUGAUGUGUUUGAGUGUCAGGGGAAGGAGACACACCUGUCCCAGUGUGUUGUUUCUUCAUGGAACCGAGCUCCAUGCUCUCAUGGACAUGAUUCAGGAGUCAUCUGUAAUGGAUCAUCUCUCUCCAACCUCGAUGGGACGGUCCGCCUGUCUGGAGAGAGUGGCUGUGAGGGUCAGUUGGAGGUUCACUACCAGCACACCUGGAGCAGAGUUCUCCUGGACUCCUGGAGCAUCAGGGAGGCCUCUGUGGUCUGCAGACAGCUGGGCUGUGGUUCUGCAGUGAGGAUCUACAGCUCCUCCAUGUCUGGGACAGGGGACACUGAUGUGUGUCUCACAGGGUAUCAGUGCUCUGGGACUGAGUCUCACCUGGUCAACUGCAAUGCUCCACACUCAUUCAACUGCAGUUCCAGCCCAUAUGUGUCCAUAGUGUGUUCUAAACACAGGUCCCUGAGGCUGGUGGGUGAUGAGGGUGGCUGUGCAGGGAGGCUGGAGGUGUUCCACCAGGGCUCCUGGGGGACAGUGUGUGAUGACUCCUGGGACCUGAAUGAUGCUCAGGUGGUGUGCAGGCAGCUCCAGUGUGGGACGGCUCUCCGCUUUACCUCUUUUGGUCCAGGAAACGGAUCCAUCUGGCUGGGUAAAGUGGGCUGUGCAGGGAAUGAAUCAUCUCUGUGGGACUGUCCCUCUGCACAGUGGGGAAACCAUGACUGCGUUCACAAGGAGGAUUUGGGAGUUGUGUGUUCAGAGUAUAAAUAUCUGAGACUGGCUGAAGGUUGUUCUGGCCAGUUGGAGGUUUACUAUAAUGACACCUGGGGAAAUGUGUGUUUUAAUCAAAUGGACAGAAACACAGCAAGUCUAAUAUGUCAGCAACUCAACUGUGGGAAGAGUGGAACUGUUUCUAGUACAGGAUCUCGAGUGAAAGGAGCUCCACACUGGCUAGAUAUUGUUGAAUGUCGCCCACAUGACUCCACACUGUGGCAGUGUCCAUCCUCUCCCUGGGGACAGAAUAAAUGUGAUGAUGAGGAAGUUGCCCUUAUUACCUGUGACCCUGGAGAGAAGACUGAUGUUCCACGUAGCUAUGUACAGUGUUCUACUGCUGCCAGCCAGAAACUGUGUUCCAGCCACCUGCCCCUCAGAUUGCAGGGGGAUAACAGGACAUGCUCAGGGAGAGUGGAGCUGUGGUAUGAGGGCUCCUGGGGGACCAUCUGUGAUGACUUAUGGGACAUAAAUGAUGCCCAGGUGGUCUGCAGACAGCUGGGCUGUGGAGCAGCACUGAAGGCUCAUGGGAAUGCUGCCUUUGGGAGAGGAAAUGGCUCCAUUUGGCUGAAUGAGGUGAAGUGCAGGGGUGAUGAGCUCCACCUGUGGGACUGUCCUCACUCUCUUCAGGACCACAGGACCUCCUGCUCUCACAAAGAGGAUGCUGGUGUCACCUGUGAAGGCAUAUCUUCUGAAUUCACAUCUACUACAGAAAUUCCAGGAACAUCCACAACUAAAACCUCAGCAAGACCAGAUGUUACCAAAGCACCACGCCAAACACCCUUGUCCAUCCCUCUUGUGGUGUUCCUGGUGCUGGGGGCUCUGCUCUUCCUACUGCUGGUGCUUCUGGCUGGACAGUUGUACCAGAACAGGGUUCUGAAGAGAGCCCUGUAUCAGGGGGGUCUCACCCCUCUGCAUGAGGCCAUUUAUGAAGAGGUAGAGUACAACUUGACCAGAGGAGAGAUGUACAGAAACCCCAGAAAAGGUGACAACAUCUUAUUGUCCUCUUCAUAUUUGGAAAGAAGGUAGCUAACGGAAAUCAAAAAGCAUUCACAUUAUUUGGCAAAAUGUUGUACUUUAACAAUGACUCAUUCAUUAUUCAUUAUUCAGGUAGGAAGUUACCAUGGAAUAUUACUAAAUGUAGUUUUGGCCCAUGCAGAUACUCUUUAAAAGGGCAAAACAUACGGUGGCUGGAAGGGCUUAGGAAUUUUUUAGAAAAUUAAAACAGUCUUCGGGUUUUUUGACAAUUAAGAAGCUUUUACUGAUGGUAAAGACAAUAGGAAAAAAGUUGAAAAGUGCCUAGAAAGGUAAACACUGCAAAUCCUUAUGUGAAAAGCUAUAGGAGGCUAAGAAGAGAAAAUGUUUUUAUUUUUAGUAAUAUCAAUUUAGCUUUAACUUUAACAUAAUAUAAAGUUAAUA